GUUUCCCUUCAGGGUACCAUGGUCAUCCAGAACAUGGAGUCAGUGCUGAGGGAGGAGGGUCAGUGGAAGUUCCCUCARGAGUUCAAUCCUGAGAACUUCCUGAACGAGCAGGGAGAGUUUGUCAAACCAGAGGCCUUCAUGCCUUUCUCUGCAGGUCCUCGGAUGUGUCUGGGAGAGGGUCUGGCUCGUAUGGAGCUGUUCCUCAUGACGGUGACCCUGCUGAGGAAGUUUAAGUUCAUCUGGCCCGAGGAUGCUGGAGAACCAUGA